AGGGAUGUGCAACGGUUCUUCUAAUAUCGAAUAUCUCGAUUAUGAAGGAAAUCAUCAUACAUUAACCAAUCAAACAAACCGCAGCAUGGGCAGCUGUCUAUGAUAUUGGACUGUGAUAUCAGAAUAAUAAUAAUAAUAUUUAUUAUUUAACCCCAAUUACAUCAACAUAGAUCUCAAUAGGCGGUACAACAUGAUGUGAAAAACAAUAGAAUACCACAGAGCAUCGUGAAAACAAAAAUAUAAGUAUAUUGAGAACAUUUACGUUAAAAAGUAGAUCCACAAUUAAAAAAACAUAACUCGAUAUAACGUCUAAGAACGAAACAGGAGUUUAAAAUUGCUCAAAUGACGCAAAUAUAAUAAUUAAAACUAAAUAUGCUAUGCUAAAAGGAUGAGUUUUUAGUAGGGGAUUUAAAAGAUUCAAAUGACUGUGCAUUACGGAUGUUUAAAGGUUGGCAUUCCAAGGAUAUUGGUUAACAAGAAGAGCAACAUUGUGUGGACUCCUUAGUGCACCCGACAAACCUCAGCAGAUUCCAGUACCCUACGUCUAGACACCUUUGACGAAUGUUUUAUAAUAUAAAUAUUUCAAAGUCUGAAGCUGUUUUUCUUUGAGGUUUAUACGAGUUUCUUCAAACACGGACAACUUUGCACUAAAAACUUCGAACGACGCAAUUUUGAUAACUUAAUUUUAAAAGCGGCAACUUAUCCUAAUAAGUAAACCGGUGCCGCAUCGCAAUUGUAUAGGCGUAGGUACAUAUCACUUACGGUCAUACAGCCGCGUGCUCUUCAGUGAUGUUCAUCAAGAUCAAUAAAAAAAACUGUAUGGGGGACAAAAGCCUCUGAUAUUCCCGAAUAGACAUUAUAUGCACAGGCCUCUGAUAUUCCUGAAUAGACAUUAUAUGUUUGACAGUCCACAUAAUUCAUUGAUGUAGUUUGGUUAGGAUCUAAAUAAAUAAUAAUAACGAGGUUUUAUACAGAGUCUCCCCAUGUUGACACAUGCUCAAAACGCUUUUAGUAAUGGCUCUACUGGUAAAACAAACUGUCGAAACAGGAAAGUCUUUAGUGCGGAUUUAAAUUGAUUAAAAGUCUGUUGAUUCUUGAUCUGUUGCGGAACUUCGUUCCAUCAUCUAGGACUAGCUGAACUGAAAGACCUAUACCCAUAUGACUUUAAGUUAUAUCUUGGAACAAAUAGUAACUGUUUAUUUUGAGAGUGAAGUGAUCUGUAGUCAUAUAAGAGUUCAGAUAAAUAUUGAGGAGCUGCGUUAUUAUGACAUUUAUACACUAAUGUUAGUAUUUUGUAUUUGAACCGAUUCAACGUUUACACCAUGUUUUCACAAUUUCAAGAUCUUCUGACAGUUUUUCUCAUUCUAUACCUGAUGAACAAAUUUAGUUGUAGUUGUCCCGUUUAUUGGAUGGGGUAUACGCAUGUUUUAGAUGACGUGCUACCAAACACAGCAAACAAAAUGGUGUCGACAAAUUCGAAAAUUGCGUGCAUGCUUGCCUGUACAAAUGAACCCCAGUGUGUAGCGGUUGCUUUUCACAAACAAAGAAAAGAAUGCCAUCUUUAUACGAGGAAUGCGAAAGAACUGACUACAGAUCCGGACCCUGGUAUGGCGGUUUUCGUGAUGAUUACGGAUGGGAGUAAUGUGGCUAGUCUAAACUCCCCAUCAACAAGCUCUGUUGGUGUAAUACAACCACCCAGAGCAGCUUUAGAUAACGACAAUAAUACCUGUUUUCAAACAGACCAAUAUGAUUAUCAACCUUGGUUCCUCCUGGAUUUGAUGGACACAUUUCUAAUUCGUUUUAUAGUGGUUUACAACGAGGCUGAAUACCCUGAACGCCUGCAUGAUGUUAAUUAUGAAGUCUAUGAUGCUGAUCCAACAAUAGGCAACUUUUCAGAAGCUAAUUGUUGUGCUUCAGUGGUUGAUUAUACUACAGGUAAAAACAUCAUCAGGUGUAAUAAGGGCGUCCAAGGUAGAUUUGUGAAGAUUUCCAUAGAAAAGUCCAAUUUCUUAACUCUGUGUGAAGUGGAAAUUUAUGGCACCCUUGUGAAUGGAACGAGUGACACCUGUAAUCAAAGAUAUGAAUGUAAUAAAUUACCAGGAGGUGAUAAUAUUGCUUUAGGAAAACCAACCGAACAGACCUCAUUUCUUCAUGCAGUUUAUUCGUCUAGUAAGGCCGUUGACGGAAACAGGAAUGGCAUGAUGUCUGUGGCUAGUUGUCAGGCUACUGCUGCCGAUGAUUAUAAUCCUUGGUGGCAAGUUGAUCUAGCAUCGACGUAUGACAUCACAAGUAUAACUAUAUCUAAUAGAUAUGACGAUAAAAGUUAUUAUGGAACAUGGUUAUCUAAUGUGAGUGUAAUUGUUUAUAAUUCAUAUCCUACUCUCAGUACUACAACUUCCAAACUCUGUGUAUUUAUACCUGGAGUUUUCGGAGGUACAGUCAGAACAUUCAAAUGUGAUGAGAAAACAGUGGGCAGGUUCAUCAAGAUAACCAAACCAACCGAGUAUCUAAAUAUGUGUGAAGUCGAGGUGACUGGUAUACAACAGUAACAGAAUUCGAGGUGACUGGUAUACAACAGUAACAAAAGUCGAGGUGACUGGUAUACAACAGUAACAAAAAUUGACCAAACUUUUAAAACUCUGGGUUUUAUCAGGGUAGCCCCCUUUCCUCCAACAGCUAGGGACCCCUACGCGAAAGCGAAUUAUUGAAAUAAAAUUGAACUAUAUGUUAGUCCGGAAAUGACCUAAUUUGUGCCGAGUUGACAUUAUAUUAUGCCAUAUAUUUAUACAAUUUGUUUUAUUAUAGAUGUAUGUUUUUUAUUCUUAGAUAUAAUUUUUUAUUC